AUGUACAAGGUAUUGGAGAGGAUGAUCGUGGACCGACUCAUUAGACAUCGCGAAGAAACAACGCGAGACGAGGAAGCUGGCUUUCGUCCUGGCCGAUCUACGAUAGACCAGGUGGUAACUGGAGUAAGGCAAGGAGCAGUGGCAGGACCCUUCCUGUUCAAUUUCGCCAUCGACGACAUUAUACGAAGAACAGUAGAUUAUUGUCCUGCCUAUAUCAUUCUAGCACCAUCAGGACGUCCCUUGACCGAUCUCGAGUACGCUGACGAUGUUCUUAUAUUCGAGGAAAGCAGUACGAAACUUUAA